AUGGCGCACUUCUGGAGGCUCUCGUGUUAUUUUUUCGUUGUCAUAUGGGUUUAUUCAGCAUCAAUUGUGAUAUCGUUACCGAUUGAUAGUGAUUCUACUUUAUUAAACACUACUGAACAAAACAGCGGGCUUCUACCUCGUGGAUGGGAUGAAUUUUGCACUCUGAAGAAGGAGAGUGGUGACAAACUUAAACACUACUAUUGUGAUAUAAAAAAAUCAGACUCUGGAAAAUGGGAUUUUCUGGAAUUGAGAGAUCACAUCAACAAAAAACCAGUUAAGUAUAAAUUUGAUAUCCGUUGUGAACCUCCGGCAAAUAUUUCUGUUCCAUGGCCGUUGAAAGCGAGGAAUCUCAGACAUCUAAAAAUUGAAACCUGCGAAUUGGAACAUUAUCUACGUGAAUAUACCCAACAGUCUUUUAUAAACAUUCCGGAUGAACUCGAGUAUCUUCAUGUUGUCAAUAGUGUUGUGAUUAUUGAUAUAAUGGAUGUGUUAAGUAUUGCCAUGAAUAUUUCGAAACUUGAUAAAGAUUUUAACUGUGGACACGAAGAAACAUUACGACAUUUUACAUUCAGAAAUGUUAGUUUUGCUUUCGGUAAGUCCAUAGAAAAUUUUUUGACAAGUAUGUUUAACAACGAUACUGAUUCUAUGUCAAAUGAAAUCAUAAACACGGGAUCUGAAAUGGUACCAAAAUCUCGCCUAAUCAGUCAUAAAUGUAUAUAUCAAUAUCUUGAAUAUGUGGACCUCAGCAUCAGCAAUCAAACUUCAAAAUUUCACACAGAGCUGUCCACUGAAAAUUCGGUGUUUCCCGCUUUAAGAGUCCUCAAUUUAUCCGAUACUGGACGUCUUAGCUUUGCAGAGGCUCAUAGAAAAUGGUUUCGUUAUUAUCCAAAACUAGAGGUGAUGGACUUAUCAUACAACUUCUUCACAGAGCUAGAAUUUGACACAGCAGCUGAUGUGUGGGAUGUUCCCAUGUUGACAAUGAACAUCUCCCACAACAACAUCUCUGAAUUCAAGGUUGACAAACUAGAAGAACUUGUAGAAAUGAAAAAGCUUUUCAUUGAUUUUAGUCACAAUCCCCUGAAUUGUUCUUGUACAGAAGAGGCUAGACAACUCAUUACUUAUGUUAACGAUCCAUCGAAAUGGCUUUUACCAAAGUACCGAAGAUACAAUUUUAUGAAGGACUUGGAGUGCAUGUACCCUAAAAGUAUUCGUGGAAAACGACUAGCAGAUCUAAAAGUGGAGGAUCUAAACUGCAAACUUGAGCGUCUUGAAAAAAUAGCAGUUGAGGCUGUUGUGUUUCUGAGCUUGCUCUCGGUUGUGCUCAUCAUUGUCAUCAUAAUCUUGCUAAAAUUCAGAAGAGAAAUCAGAAUAUUAACUUAUACAAGAUUUAACAUCGUUUUACCAUGUCAACCUAUUGAAACAUUCGAAAAUAAGAAAUUUGACGCUUUUGUUUCCUAUAGUAACCAUGACCAAGACUGGGUCACCAGUGUGUUUGAGGAUGCUGCUUCAAAUAACCCUCUUGGCAACUUUAAGUUCUGUUUACAUCACAAAGACUUCAUGCCAGGAAAAACAAUUUUUGACAAUGUGAUAGACUGCGUGGAAGCCAGUCGACAUACUGUAAUUGUUCUCUCAAAGCAUUUUUUGAACAGUCACUAUUGCAUGUACGAAUUUCAUGAGGCAUUUCAACAAAGCAUUUACGAGAGAAAACGGCAUUUGUUGGUUAUCAUGAUGGAAGAUAUUCCUACUAAUGAUCUUCCUAAUGAUUUAAAACGCUGUCUGAAGACAUUUACGUAUAUUCGGAAAGAUGAUAACAUAUUUAUAGAUAGACUGGUAUACGCCUUGUCCUACAAAGGCCAAAAAGCCAUGGUCACUGAUAGCCGGUGUCGAAGUGCCGCCUACUCAAACCAAACGUCUUGUGAGACGGACAUAACAGAAACUGGUAGUGAUGGAAACUCGAGCCCGAUAUCAAUCAUGGAUCGACAUAACAUAUUCCCAGACCUAAUCAACGAAAAGGACAUCGUUAGUGUUAAAAAUGAGAAAAAUAACUUUCUAUGA